AUGGAUCUCAGCGAGGGCGGAACGUUCAUUCCGACCAGACCAAUCCCAGUCCAAGCAGAUGAAGAUGACGAGGAAGUCCGUCCAGACACCCGAGAAGCGCAGCCCACAGCCUCAGUCCGCAUCGCCGAGCCAACAGCAGCAGCAGCAGCAGCAGCAGCAGCAGCACGAGCGUCCCCCAAGCCUGCGACCAACACCGUCCGCAACCCACCUCCAGCAUACGGCCGCUGGAGAGGAAGCGUACGCGCCGAUCCCGAUCUCCUGCACUGGCGAGUCGUCGUGCCGUCACCAGCUUCCCAGCACCCAAGAACGCCCGUGCUGCCUUCGCCCACGUACGAAGAAGCCAUUGCGAGACCGCCGAGUUAUGUGACGAGGAAUAGUCCGGAGAGGAAUGCCGAGAUGUGCGAGGACCCGGCAGGAGAUGGACCAGUAUCGUCAUCACCAGCGACGGCAGAAGAGGAGGAAGAACUGGAAUACCUCCAGCCAGAAAUGUUCCAACUCCCCGGCGCCGGCGUCGGACUGGCCCUGUAA